UGACCAGGGGGGGGGCAAAUCCGUCAUUUAACAAUCCUACUAGCCUUCACGCUCCCUCCUCUCUCCAUAGCUGAGCGGCUAAACUAAAAAAAGUUUUAUUACAAUUUGGGCAACAGUGUGUACUCGCGCGAAAACACCAUUUCAUCUCCCGCCGCACCUUCCCUCCUUUCUUUUAUCUCCCUCUCUUGAAAUCUCAUCUAAUCUAAUCACUCCAAAUCUAAAUCUCUCACUCUCUCUCUCAACCCCCACGAUGCAACCGCAACCGCACAUCCCUCCCGAAACCGCAAACGCAGCGAUCUCCGCCGCCCUCAAAUCCCAACGACCAAAAAAAAACAGAGGAAGCUACAGCUGCGGCCGUUGCGGCCAACCCAAAAAAGGCCACGUGUGCAAUCUCGACGUCCCCACCACUCCCCACACCGUAACCACCCUCCCCGCCGCCGCCUCCUCCACCCGAUCCACCGUCGUCUCCCUCCCGCCGCCUUUACGUCAAUCCUUACCUAACCUCCGCCGCGCGUUAUCCUUCGACGACGACGUGGAGCCCCGUCGUGACGACGAUGAGCCCGAUCCGACGGAUCUGAGGGUGGAUGCGGAGAUCGUGCAGCCGGGGAGGUUUCACGCGGUGGGGCUGUGGGAGGUGCUGAAACGGCUGGAUCCGUGCGGGUUGAUGAUGGCGGCUAGGGUUUGCAAGGGGUGGAGGGAGACCGCGAGGAGGAUGUGGAAGGCGGCGGAGGUGUUGAGGAUUAGGGUUCCGAGGAAGGCGCAGAUUGGUUACGUUGGUUCGUUGUUGCAGAAGUGUCCUGGACUCGUUAGAUUGACUCUUACUCUCGAGAGUGAUUUUGACGCGACGACUUUGGCGUGCAUUGCUUUUUCUUGCCCUAAUUUGGAGGUUUUGGAGAUUUUGACUUGUGGUGGAGCUGUCAAUAGGAUUUCUGGGGAUGAGCUGGAUCGCUUUGUUUCUAAUAAACGUGGACUUACAAGCCUUAAGAUGGAAGGGUGUUCCAACUUGGGAGGAUUUUCCCUUAAUUCAUCAAGCCUCUUCACUCUCUGGCUUGCGGGUCUUCAUUCUCUCUCGAAGAUGAUCUUCAACUGUCCAAAUUUGAUAGAAAUAUCACUUGAGUUUUCUCGCCAAGAGGAAGAUUCAACUGAUCUUGUAACAAUGGUUGAUGGCUUGGGAAGGACUUGCACUAGAUUGCAGAACAUUCACAUAGCCUCUCAGAAGCUUUCGCAUACUGUUGUACUUGCUUUUACUGCUGUGAAUUUCAGGUGUUUGAGAAUGCUCUCGCUAAUUCUUGGAAUCGAUAUCACUGAUGCGUCUGUAGCUGCCAUUUCCUCAAUUUACACAAACCUUGAACUGCUCGAUCUGAGUGGUUCCAGCAUUACUGAUACUGGCCUCGGGAUGAUCUGUGAUUUCUUACCUGAUACACUCUCAAAACUACUUGUUGCUUCUUGUCCCAACAUUACAUCAAGCGGCAUUCAGUUUGCUACUGCUCAACUGCCUCUUCUUGAGCUGAUGGACUGUGGCAUGACUGUUUUUGAUCCCAGUUUAGAUAAUCCGACUCUUGAAGAUAAGAGUUGUACUCAAAAGACAGCAGGCUACAAUCAGAAGAUGUUUAUUAAACAUAAAAGGUUGAAGAUAUUCAGCUUGUGGGGAUGCUCCAGUUUGCACGCUUUGUUCCUAAACUGCCCAGAGCUCAAGGAGUUGAAUUUGAACUCGUGCAGCAAUUUGCAACCUGAGAGUUUGGUCAUCCAGUGUCCCAAGUUAAAAGAUGUGUUCGCAUCAAGAUGUCCAAACCUAUUAAGAGAUGCUAUCCAUAAACAGGUUUCUGAGAACUCUUCAGCUCGUGAAAACCAUAUGCUACGGAAACGCUUGGCUGAUGGGUCUAAAAGGAUUCAGGCUCUACCUUUGUUAUACCAAGAGACAAUAGAAGAAGAUGAUAAUAAUUAUCCAGCGAAGAAGAGAAGGAAGAUUGAGAGGGAAGUGUGUACCAUUAUACAUGAAUAAAUAAUACUCUGUAUUAGUAGUACUCCCUUGGACUCAUCACAUUUUUUCUUCUCGUAGCUCUAAGUUAUUGUGAUUAUGUUGGAUUACGUCUGUUGUUGUUUUUCACUUGUGAGCUUUACAUGUGUUUUAUCUUCUUUUUUUUCCGAUUAGCUUUUGAAUAAAUUGUACAAGACUACAAGUAACAUUCUGUAUUGGAUUUUGAUAUUUAAUACUAUAUUAAAG